AUGGUCCAUUUCUCUGUUGCAUUCGAAUUUCAUUUUGAUUCGGGCCGCACGACGAAAUUCAACGGAUCUACAUACCAGCCUGGCGACUACGUCUUCAUCGCAAACGAGGAAACGCUCAAGAACCAGUAUUCGUCUGCAAAUGAUAAGCAGCUCGGCCCCCAUUUGAACUACAACAACAGCUGGGUCGCUCGAGUCGUUCAAAUUCGUGCCAGAGACGAGUUCAAUGUCUAUGUCAGCGUUUGCUGGAUGUACUGGCCAGAUGAGGUGCCCCGGGGCACCAAGAUCGGGAACAAGCUUAUCCAAGGCCGUCAGCCCUACCAUGGGCACAGCGAAUUAAUCGCGUCCAAUCACAGCAAGUGUUGGGAUACCAUGAUCAUUCAACACAUUGUUACUGACUAUCAGCUGCAGUGGGUAUCAUUAAUCGAGAAGUGCAACCGGUGGCUUCACGAGGAAUGUUUGCGACAUCAAAUCCUGCUGAACAUGUACACUGAUCUGCAAACAGACGAGAAAACCCGAGUACUCGACACCGAUUUGAGGUCGGCGGAACAGGAAACGAAUAAUCGCGAUGUCGAAAUGGAUGGAGCUGGCAACUUCGUCGGGCAUGACGACGGAGUUGAGCCUUACUUGUUUCCUUUUCCUCUACCAGACGGCGCCUCGCUGAGGCCACGAAAUGGCUACCCAUUGAAAGUGCCAAUUUGUGCGGCUCGCGGAAGACGAAGGAAGAAAGUUGUCGAAAGCGUUAGAAAACCGUACGAAGGCCAGCUUCGGGCAGAGUUUAAUGCAGAAGACGACGUGUUCGAGAUCACAUAUUCACAGGGCGGCGAUGAAGGCGAGAGGAGAUGGAGGAAAACGAUAACAGUGAUGCCUGGAAUACAUUUCCGCAUGAGAUCGGAAGCGCAUGUACAAGAAGACUGGGAGAACUCGGCCCCACCUGGCGAUGUCCCAUAUCCCAAGGCGGAAAGGAUACGGACGGCAGGACUUCAUAAUGCCAAGCCAAACGGCGAGUCCGCUGCCGCAAAGUCUGACUAUGAGGUGCGGAAGGCUCACAGCUUGUCCCAGAAAUUGAAAAUCCGAAGACUUCAGCGAGCCAUCAGGGAAUUUCACAAUUCCGUGCAUGUCGAGGAGAUCGAAAGGCAGCUGAAAGGAAUCAAGCCGCCAGAUGUGAUCGUGCCACCUACUAUUCAAUAUGAUCUUACCGAGAGGGCCCGCCUGGCGCGGCUUCUCUCACACGCUGCGGAUUUCAAGAACAUGGACGAAUUGCAGGACAUUCGGACUCUUCUGAUUCAAAGCCUCAACUCAGGGAUUACUGUUCUCGCCAAUGCUGUUUGCGUCGUUGCAGCGAAACUCGGAACCGAUAUCCAGCUGCCUGAGAUAUUAGAUUGCUCUUUGUGGAGGGAUACCGUCAAGUUUAUGUUAAGAUUCAGUAUGGGCCAAACACAGCCCCUCCGCUGGGGAAUCGAAUUCGACAAUGACAAGGUUCUUCUGGAGGGCACACCCUCCGAUGGAAGAGAUGAGUGGGCACUCCUAUGCAGCAACAGGCCAAUAUCCAUCAGCUAUGAGGCCGCCAGUCAGACAGUACAAUACCUACAGCAGCGUCUGGACGCAGCGGCAGCGGAGAAGAACGAGCGGAAAGCUCAGAUCUUGAGGUCAGGGGCUUGCAUACGCGAUAUUCUGUAUUGCUUGACUACCUUGACCUCAUCCAUCAGGGGCCAACUAGAAGGGUUCCAAGAUGACAAGAAUUGGCUCGAGGCCUACGGGAAGGCGAGGAGCCUGAUGCGCAAGCAGACGGAUCUCGUCUUCGGUGCGGGAAUAUGGGGCUCCCCUGGGAGGAAAGUCAGUUUGAUCGAAUUGAAGAAGGUGAUUGUGGAGGCGAGCCGGAGACACUUGCUUCUAGGGGAUGAAAUAUUCACAUAG